AUGUCCAAGCUCAUUCAGCUCCUGCCGGUGCUUCGGAAGGAAAUGAGAACGGGGUCGACGGAGUCCUUCGAGAAGCUUUACCUGAAGAAGGUGAUCCUCCUGGCCAAGGGCAUCUUGAACAACGAGCGGCCCGAUGUGACCCUGGGUUUUAUCCGGCUCGUUGAGUCUUGCUUGGCCCUGUCGAAGGAUACUUCCGGAGUGCUGCAGCUGAUGCAGAAGCUUGACAGCUAUUGCAAGUCAUCCGCAAGCACCCUCGCAGCCCGUGAGGUGAUCAUCAUCCUGAAGACUUUCCCUCCAGACCGACAAGGUGACCUUCCGUCGGAGCUGCAGAACACCUUGCAGAACUUGAUUGACACCACGGCUCAGGCCAAGGAUUUCGACAUCGACAAGGCGGCCCUGCUCCUGUUCGACAACGCGAUGUUCUGGAGCUUCCGCUACAUCCACUCCUUGAUUCAGGCAGCCCGGAUCUCCAUGCCAGAGCGGCUGCUCGAGAACAUCUCAAAGUUGUUGGCCAUCCUGGAGAAGCGUGUCGGCUCUCAGGAGCUUCGUCGGGUCUGGACAGAGCAGUUCGUGCAGUGGAUGCAGGAGUCCAUCGAGCUUGCAGGGAUUCUGGCAGAGUACUCGAAGGUUCUUGAGGAGUUCGAGAGCAAGGGUCGUGAUCCCCAGCAGCGAGAGGCCGCGGACACAGAUGGCAAGGUUCUGAAUCAGUUGCUCAGGACCGGCAACUCGGCAGUGGCAGCUGUGAACAAGGCAGCCGCCUUCAAGCAGCACGUGGCGGCAGAGGAGUAUGGCAACAACGUGUCGCCGUUGCACAUCAUGUACUAUGAUUGGUCAGGAGCAGGGCGACAGCAGGUGGAGAACCCGGUGUUCCUGGAUACACUUCUCUACCGGUGCUCCUGCUACAUCCGCAUGCUUGAGCAAGCCCAGGCGAAGCUGAACAAGGCAACGAACGGCCUGCACCUGGUUGAUGGUUGGAAGAGCGGUGUGGAUGCAUCCAGCAGCUACGACGAGUGCAUGAAAAUCGCGCAGCCCGAGCUGACCAGCACGGAUGGGGUGGCUGUGGAAAGUGCACUGAACGGCCUCGCAGAGGUGAUCAAGGCUGCCAAGGGCUUCCGGAACAGGAUCAAGGACUGUGACUGCAAAACGCACGACCUGUUCGUGAACCAGUUGCCGAUGUCUUUCAAGAGCCUCGAGAGUGGCAAAGCCUUCAAAACUGAAGUGCUCCUCGUCCUCGCCAUCCAGCAGGUGCAGCUUCAGGAUCCGUCGACCCAGAAAUGGGCGAGGGAUGUGAUUCGUGCGCAGUUAGGGGAUGUCGCAGGCAAUGUCGUGAGUGAAGAGAGCAUUCUUCCACAGAUUUUGGAGAAGGCCUCCGUACAAAGCCCUGAAUACUUCAAGAGGUCGGAUAGCACUCUUGUGACCAAGCUGAAAUGCAUGGAGGGCUUCCAUCAGCGGUGCGGCUCCGCAUUGGCCUACGCCCAUGGAUCUCUGAGGGCCGAUCGGGAGAUGGCGCUGAAAGCCGUGCAGCAGCUGAAUGGUGAGAGGCUCGCUGCUCAGGCCUGGGGUGGUCAGUGCCGAAAUGCUCUGCAGUUCGCUUCACAUGAGUUGUGCGAGGAUCUGCGCUCUGCCAACCCUUCGGGAAUGGGUUCGGUCAAGUCUCUGCCGAUCUCCCAAGCGGAGUGCUGCCAGCCUGUCGUCUGCCAGCCUGUCGUCAAGGAGCAGAUCGAAACUUGCGUUGCGGAAGGGGGAGAGCAAGGACAGCUGGAGACCCCAGCGUCAUUCCUGGAGGGGCCGCAGGAGAAGGAGGAGGCCGAAGAACGGCCUCCAGCACCGGAGUCACCGCGGCUGGGGCCGGCAGCACCAGCAUCACCGUGGCUAGAGGCGGAGACGGCCAAGUCCGAGGCAUAUGAGCGACCGUGGCGAGCGAACAACGAGUCAACGGUCUCCAUCAGCAAGGCAGAUCGUCGCACUUUGGGCAAAUACGCCGAGGUGGACGUGGACAUCGUCCGGGGCAUCUCGCUGCGAGGGUCGCUGUCAGGUGGUGGACGCAUCUGGCGCUACAGCCCGGACACCUGGACCCUUGCUGACCGGAUGAGUCUUUACGAGAUGUCGGAGAAAGCUUCACAUUUUCAAGUUUUUUUGUCCCAUACCUGGUCAACCCCGGGAAGAUGGAAAGUGGUCUCAUUGUCUUUGCAGUGUGGCUGGCACUACAUUCUCCUUUGCUGGUGCCUGUCCAUUGCCCUGUGCACCGGCCUCUGUAUGGCAGACGUCCUGCCGAUGCCUCUCAAGUACAAGGCGAACAUCAUGGGUUUUACCGACCUUUGCCCCAUGGGCUUUUGGAACGUGCUUGUCAGUGGCUUCGCCACCGUGGCCGGCAUGAUAUCUGUCCCGUUUUGGCCCGCCAGGUGUUCGCGCUCGGAUGUCAGCUUCGUGGAUGUGACCUGCAUCCACCAGGUUGACCAAGAGUUGAAGGAGCGCGGAGUCUACGGAAUUGCCGGGUUCCUGUGCAUAUCUGACGAACUGCGCAUUUUAUGGAGUACGUCCUACUUGUCCAGGCUCUGGUGUGUCUUCGAGCUUGCGGCUUACAAAAAGGUGAACCCGAAAGGAACAAUCACAUUCAGACCACUUUUCAUCGAAAGGACUGUGUGCGUGAUGCUGGCUUUGGCAUACGGCUUUGCAGGCAUAUAUCUUAUUUCAAGAGAUGUCUUUGGACAAAGCAUUACGACGAUGGCCGUCGCCUUUGCCAUUUUCGCGUGCCCAUAUGCUGCGGGCACUUAUUUGCUUCGAAUGACCUUCCGGGAGAAGCACCAACUAAUUUCCCAGCUUGCGGACUUUGAUUUGGAAGAAGUGCACUGCGCCGAGGAUUUCGACCGAGACUUCAUCCACUCAGCUAUCGAGAAGUGGUAUGGAAGCAAGCGAGCCUUCACGGAGUUCGUGCGUCAAGAUCUGAGGUUUGAUGUGGAAAACAUCCUGGCUGCGCAGCGCUUACCCAGACGCUAUUUGCUGCUUCUGCUCCUUCCCAUCCUCAGCUGUUCCAUGGAAUUCUUUCUGGCAAACUGGAAGGGCGGCGCACCCGGCGAUGUUCUGCUUUCCUUUGCCGUUGGCGUCCUUUUCGGCUAUGACAUCUUCUAUGCUACUGCCUGUUCGCUUCUCUUGGUUUAUCUUUGCGACAUCCUGGCUCCCAAACGCUGUGGACGUCUGGAUCACCUGCAGACGCUUUUGGCGAACUGCCUCGUGGUGGGACUCCUCAGUCUCGGGAAUCAUCUUUGCGUGCAGGCCUAUCAGGGGAGCCUCAGUGGCGCAGUCGUUUUUCUGGUUUUCGCCGUCGUCUUUGCCUGGCUGAUGUGGUGGAUCGAGCACAACUUCAUGGCUGUGCUGGCGUCUUGGAAGUGA